AUGGAGGCUUCUGGUAGUGAUUCUGGUUUCAAUAAGAUGUUCGAAGUGUUCAAACUGUAUCGAUUUGAUGGCUCAAAUUUUACCCACUGGAAAGACAAAUUGUUGUUCUUUCUCACGGAGUUGGGAAUAGCAUAUCUACUGAGUUCUGAUCUUACUGAAAUGCCAGAACCUACUGCUGAAGACUCUGACGAAAUUAAGGCGGCACGCAAAAAACGUGAAGAUGAUGAGGUGCGCUGUAGAGGUUUUAUUUUAAACUCACUUUCUGAUCGUUUAUAUGAUUUGUUCCAUCCUCACAAAUCACCACAAGAAAUCUGGAAAGCCUUGGAACAGAAGUAUACUGCUGUGAAGCAAGGAACGGACGGAUUCCUUGGAAUAAAAUUUUUUGAAUUUCAAAUGAUAGAUGGGAAAUCUGUCAUGGAACAGGUUGAUGAGUUGUUGGUUUUGAUAUCUAGACUCAAAGAUUUUAAAGUCGAUGUUUCUGAAUCUCUUCAAGUGGCUGCUAUACUUGCAAAAUUACCAGCCACUUGGAAUGACUAUAGGAAGAAAUUAUUACAUUCUUCCGAAAACUUUAUUGUGGACCAGUUGACAAAGCAUAUUCGGAUUGAAGAAGAGUCACUAUGA